CUGUCUCGAGGUGCCACCUGGUAUGUUCUCUACCGAAACGAGAAACAAGGAGCCUUCGGAGCGGAUGACAGAUGCCUGAGGGACAACAGAUGAGUGACGUGGUCGACGGAAAGGCCGUGUUCCGCUUCCGCUACGGUCAUGGCCAGGAAAGGAACGCGACGUUCACAUUCAAAUCUUCUGACGGGAGAAAUUAUAACAUGUACGAGGCUCAGCUGGAUGGCGCUUCAAGUGUGGCAAAGUACGACCUGCUGUACGUGGACUGUGCCCACUGCAAGUUCAUGAAGGACCAGCGAAGCUCCAAAUGUCUGAUUUCGGUGCGAGAAUCCUCCCUCCGGCAUGGCGUGCCCCAGCAUUGCCACUUUCUCUACGACCUGCUCUGCGGGACAUCGCCAAAGUACCAGGUCUCGGACUCCAGCUGCCUCAACGUUGGUGCGAAAUUGGGCUAAAGGAGUUCAAGACGACAAAUAUCUCGCUAGGACAGCCCCUUGGAC